GUGUCAUUGGUGUUCUAUAUAUAUUAUUUCUACCUACAAAAAAAAAUAUCACGAUUUUACUGACAGUCGACAAAAGUGUUCAUGAAGUAAUAAAAAACUGAAUCUGAAUAGGAAAAAAUGUCUCUUAAACCGAAAAAAAUUGAUUUUGAUAAAACUUGGAGUGAUUUAAAGGAAACUGUUACUGAAGUAAUCACUCUGAGAUGUGUUCAUCGUGAUGUAUGGUACAGUCGUUUCGAAGUUAUUUAUUCCAUUUGUGUUGCCCAUCCGGAGCCUCUGGCAGAUAAAUUGUACACGGAAACAAAGCUAUUUCUGGAGCAGCAUGUGCGUAACUUAUUGAAAACCCAAGUUUUAUCCGGAGAUAGCAAAUCCAGCAAUAAUGAUAACAAUCCGUACGCACUACUGCAUCGCUAUUAUAAAACUUGGACUGAAUAUAGUAAAGGAGUGGAGUAUCUCAACGAUCUGUAUUUGUAUUUAAACCAGCAACAUAUCAAAAAACAAAAGCUGUCGGAGGUUGAGGUCGUAUACGGAUGCAUUAAUUAUGACGCCUAUGAACAACUCGAAAUUGGCGAGCUUGGACUAGAUAUAUGGCGCAAAAAUAUGAUUGAAAGUCUUGGUACAGCACUUGUUGAUCAGCUAUUGGAAGGAAUUAGAAAUGAUCGUCUGAACAACACACAGCAAUCGGUUACGACAGAUAUUAUAAAAGAAAUUAUCCAGAGUUUUGUUUGUGUAGAAGAAUACAAGAAGAAAGGUUCACUACAAUUAUAUCAAAAUAUAUUCGAGACCCCUUUUUUAAAGGAUAGUGGAGAGUUUUAUAAAUUGGAAGCAAAUAUGCUGUUGCAGGAAUGUAGUGUUAGCAGCUACAUGGAGGAAGUUAUCAAAAAAAUGGAUGAAGAAAAUAAACGUGCGCAGAAAUACCUUCAUAUUAGCUCGAUACCAAAGUUGCGGAAAGAAUGUGAACAACGUAUGAUAUCGGAUCAUCUAGAAUAUCUCUAUUCUGAAUGCAAUGAAAUGGUUUCAUUGGAAAAACGCAAAGACCUGAGGAAUUUGUAUACGAUUCUGAAGCCUAAUCCGGAUGCUUUAAAGAAAUUAGUUCAAACGUUUCUUGAACACAUCAAAAGUGACGGUAUUCAAAUGCUUUCUACUCUGAAAGGGGAAUUGGUUCAUGUUCAGUUCGUGGAAGGAAUGCUCAAAGUUCAUGAGAAAUAUGAGGAGCUAAUUUCAGAUACUUUCAAAUCGGAUCCUGUUUUUCUAAGUGCUCUCGAUAAGGCUUGUUCUGGUGUUAUAAAUUCUAAGGCAUGUGAGAAACAACCCGGAAGAAGUGCUGAAUUAGUGGCAAAAUAUUGCGACAGUUUACUUAAGAAGUCGAAAACAACCGAAAGUGAAAUUGAAUCUAAAUUAAUGAAAAGUAUCACUAUAUUCAAGUAUAUCGAGGAUAAGGAUGUCUACCAAAAGUUCUACAGCAGAAUGCUAGCUAAAAGGUUAAUUCAUGACCAAUCUCAGAGCAUGGACGCAGAAGAAAUGAUGAUUAACAAAUUAAAACAAGCGUGUGGUUACGAGUUUACUAAUAAGCUACAUAGGAUGUUCACGGAUAUUUCAGUUUCGACGGACUUGAAUGUCAAAUUCAACCAUUUUUUGAAACAGCGAGAUAAAGAUACAGGGAUAAAUUUGUCUAUUAAAAUUCUACAAGCUGGAGCAUGGCCUCUGGGCCCUAUGCAAGCUACAGUUAGCUUUGCUGUUCCUAAAGAAUUUGAGAAACCAAUUAGAUUGUUCGAAAGUUUCUACCAUGUGAAUUUCAGUGGCCGCAAAUUAACUUGGCUUCAUCACUUAUGUCAUGGUGAACUCAAAAUUGCCUUCGUCAACCGAAAUUAUAUUGUUACAAUGCAAACAUACCAAAUGGCAAUACUUUUGUUGUUUGAGAAUACUGAUAGUCUACAGUAUAAAGAGAUCCAAGAUUCGUUGCAGCUCAAUCAGGAUAUGUUUCAAAAGCACAUAGGCAGCCUAGUGGAAUCGAAACUGUUGAUAAUUGAUACAGAGGUAUUACAAGACAGCUCUCGAGUAAAUCUGAAUAAAGAUUAUGUGAACAAACGAACUAAAUUCAAAAUAACAGCAGCUUUACAGAAGGAUUCUCCCCAAGAAGUUGAAAAUACUGUAAACUCUGUUGACGAAGAUAGGAAAAUGUACCUUCAAGCCACCAUCGUACGGAUUAUGAAGUCUCGGAAGGUUCUUAGACACAAUGCUCUCAUACAAGAGAUAUUAGCCCAGUCGAAAGUUAGUUUCGCUCCGAAUAUUGGUAUGAUAAAAAAAUGCAUAGAAUCGUUGAUCGAUAAGCAGUAUAUCGAAAGAACUCCCAACUCUGGUGAUGAGUACAGUUACGUUGCCUAAAUCAUGAUAAACAAAACAAAAUCAUCAAUUGGAUUGGAAUGUUGAACGUCGAUCAGAAGUAUCGCUGUAUAUUAGAAAAGCUUGUUUUUUUUUUAAGAAUGGUUCAUAAUAAAUAUUUAAAAUGCA